AUGACUCACAGGAGGCGUGCGUGGGUGCGUCGCUCUCGGCCAAUCACGGCUCACCGUGAGAAACUGCGUCAGAACGGGCCCCGCAGUCUGCCUGAGAACAGCCUCCAUGAGCGUCCCCCCCUCGUUAACAGCGCUGUGUUGGGGUUGUGCUCUGCUGUGGACAUGCAUCAGGAGCUCUUGUUCAAAGUGCUGGUGAUCGGGGACCUGGGAGUGGGGAAGACUUCCAUCAUAAAGCGCUACGUGCACCAGAUCUUCUCCCAGCAUUACCGCGCCACCAUCGGAGUGGACUUCGCGCUCAAAGUCAUCCACUGGGACAACAACACGGUGGUCCGCCUGCAGCUCUGGGACAUCGCAGGUCUGUGA